UGGCCUGCUGUGUUCCACCAGCAUUGUGUGUGUGUUGUGUGAUUCCCCGAGUCUGCAGCGCGCGUAGUGGACAAUCCCGGUACUGCAGGGGAUCAGCAGCUCCCGGAACGCGGAAGCAUUCUGAAUCAGGAAGUGCUGGAGUUAACAUGGCUUCGAAAGGAGAGACCGAGAGUUUGAGCGAGGAGGUGAUUUGUCCCGUCUGCCUGGAUUUCUUCACCGAUCCGGUUACACUGGAGUGUGGACACAACUUCUGUCGGUCUUGUAUCACACGGUGUUGGGAAAGGGAGGAGAGAAACUCCUGCCCGGAAUGUAGAGAGGAGUUUGCUGACCGUACCCUCAGGGUGAAUCGGGCCUUAGCAAAUCUGGCUGAAAAAUUUCGAAAUCUAAACCUGAAUCCGAAAGGGAAGGAAAGUAAACGUCACUGCGAGGAACAUGAGGAAGAAUUGAAGCUGUUUUGUGAAACGGACAGGACACUGAUCUGUCUGGUCUGUAGAGACGCGCAGGAGCACAGAGAGCACCGCUUCAUGCCGAUUAAAGAAGCUGUUAAAAUCUACAAGGAUCAGCUAAAAUCUUCCUUAGACUCUCUCACAAAAAAGAAAUCAGACUUCCAGGGAAAGGAGCAGCAACAGAAAGAGAAGAUUUCCGGAGUUCGGGAACAGUCACACAGCCUUCAGUCCCACAUCACAUCCCAGUUUGCUGAACUGCGCCAGAUUAUCACUGAGAAAGAGCAGAGCUUACUCAGGGAUCUCAGGGAAGAGGAGAAGAGGAUUCUCAACCCAAUGGAGAAAAAUCUUCUGGCUCUUCAAGAGAAUAUAAGGAUUAUUCAGGAGGAAAUCACAAAGUUAAAGGAACAGAUGGAUCAAAAAGACAGUGUGAUAUUUCUCAAGGAGGAAGCUCGUCGGAACAGGAGGAUUAAUGACGAUGUCCAGGAAUUAGCAGUGACAGAUGAGACCCUACCAGUUGAAAACUUCGAUCAACCCUAUUUGUUGAACACAGUGCUGAGAGAAACGCUUGAUGCUAUUAAUCGAGGUAAAACGUACAACGAUUCAUUUCCCCUUGUUUAUGAAGCUCAAUUUAGUUCCAAUGUGAGGCAAAGAUUGUCUGUAAUACUGGGCUGAAGGGGAACUGAAGUUUAUUCCACAUCAACCCCACUGACUGGGAGGCAUCACUGUCACAUGGUCAGCUGGAGAUGUCAGACCCCUGAACACACCAGCACAGGGUCACAACACAAUCAAUAUACGGGACUGUCAGAUGAACCACUGUGUUCCAAACCCAGGCAAAUGCAUUAACACACCAGGACAUAAGUUUGGAUCUACCAGAGGAGCUGAGAAUUUAAUACUGACAAUAAUAUUGUCAGGAAUAAAAAUGAGUAUCAGUGUGGUGAUAGGGAUUGUCAGGAAAAUACACAAGUCGUUCAUGUGCCCUGUGAGUGCAGACUCUGACUGACACAGGUCUUCCCCCUUCCGGAUCAGCAUCUCUCAUUGUUGUUAGAGGCAGAAGAGGGGAGUGGUCGUGAUCGGGGCCUGAAUCGCCAGGGGAACAGACAGGAGAUUCUAUUGAUGUGAACGGGACACCCGAAUGGUAUGUUGCCUCCUGGGUGCCAGGGUCAGGGAUGGGUAUCAGUGCAUUAGGGAAUCAUCAGGGGAACAGACAGGAGAUUCUAUUGAUGUGAACGGGACACCUGAAUGGUAUGUUGCCUCCUGGGUGCCAGGGUCAGGGAUGGGUAUCAGUGCAUUAGGGAAUCAUCAGGGGAACAGACAGGAGAUUCUAUUGAUGUGAACGGGACACUCGAAUGGUAUGUUGCCUCCUGGGUGCCAGGGUCAGGGAUGCCUCGAAUCGUGUCUGCAGCAUUUUAGAGAGGGAGGGAAAAGAGCCAGAUAUCUUUGUAAAUUUGUGACAAUGACAUUGGAAGUAAAAACAAAGAGGUCCUGAAAAUAGAAUUUGGAGAGCUUGGUAGAAAGCACUGAAGCAGCACCCCCAGGGUUGUAAUUUCCAGAUUGCUGCAUGUGAUACGUGCUGGUGAGGGUUGAAACAGGAUAAUUUGACAGAUAAACAUGGCUGAGAAGAUGGUGCUGGGGACAGGGAUUCAGGUUCUUGGAUCAUUGGGAUCUCUUCUGGUGGAGGAAUGACCUACUCAAAAGGGAUGGGUCGCACCUCGACCCGAGGGAGAACAAUAUUCUCACAGAGAGGUUUGAUAGAGCUGUUGGGGAGGAUUGAAACUAAUUUGGUGGGGGGGGGGUGUUGGAACUGGAGUGAAGGGAUAAGACUGAUGGUAAAAAUGCAAAGAUAGCGUCCAGUCAGACUGUCAGAUAGGGCGGACAGAUGAGAGGAGAAAAUUGCAGCCAGUAGGGUGAGUAUCAGUGCAUUAGGGAUGCAGAAUUAAAAAGGGUAGCAGAUACAGUACACCAAGUGUUAUAUUCCAAUAUAUGGAGUAUGAGAAAUAAGGUGGAUGAUCUUGUUGCACUAUUACCGAUUGUUAGGUAUGAUGUUCUGGCCAUCACUGAAUUUUGACUGAAGGAUGGUUGUAGUUGGGAUCUGAAUGUUCAAGGUUACACAAUGUAUCGGAGGAAGGAAGGAAGCCGAUGGGGUGGUGUGGCUCUGCUGGUAAAUCAGCAGCUAGAUGUGACAUAGGAUUGGAAGAUGUUGAAUCUUGUGGGUUGAGGUAAGGAAUUGCAAAAGUAAAAAUGACACAGACACCAGUCAUAUACAGGCCUCCCAACAGUCAGUGGGUUGAGGCCCACAGAUUACAACUGGAAAUAGAAAAGGCUGAUGAAAAGGACAAUGUUAUGAUAAUCACGGGAGAUUUCAACAUGCAGGUCAAUUGGGAAAAUCAGGUUGGUAAAGGAUCUCAAGAGAGUGAGUUUGUUGAAUGCAAUGUGAUGGCUUUCUAGAGCAGUUUGUCGUUGAGCCUACUCGGGGAACAGCUCUACUGGGUUGGGUGUUAUGUAUUGAACCAGAGGGGAGUAGUUAAAAGAAACCUUAGGAGGCAGAGCUCACAACAUGACCGAGUUCAGCUUGAAAUCUGAUAAGGAGACAGUAAAGUCUGAUGUUGUAGUAUUUCAGAGGAGUGAAAGAAAUUACAGCGGUCUGAGUGAGGAGUUGGCCAAAGCAAAUUGGAAGGAGAUGCUGGCAGGGAUGAGAGCAGAGCAGAAAUGGUGUCAGUUUCUGGGAAAAUGAGGAUAGAUAUACUCCAAAAAUAAAUAAAUACUCAAAUGGCGAAAUAGUUCAACCAUGGCUGACAAGGGAAGACAAGUUAAUGUAAAGGCAAAGGAGAGGGCAUACAACUAAACAAAAAUUAUUCGGAAGAGAGAGGAUUGGGAAGCUUUGAAAUAUCGACAGAGAGGAACUAAAAGGAUGAUUGGGUGGGAAAAAAUAAACAAGAAAUUGAUUUGAAUUGAACUGGCCUGGUUGAAGAAGCUGUCCCGGAGCCUGUUGCUCCCGGCUUUUAUGCUGCGGUACCGUAUCCCGGAUGGUAGCAACUGGUACAGGUUGUGGUUGGGGUGACUCUGGUAUCCAAUGAUCCUUCUGGCCCUUUUUACACACCUAUCUUUGGAAAACAAGAUAGCAAACAAUAUCAAAUUGUUUUUCAAGUAUUGUAAAAAAAUAAAACAGAGAUGAGAGUGGAUAUAGGACAGCUAGAAAAUGAGGCUGGAUGCAUAAUAACAGAGGAUAAAGAGAUGGUGAGUUGGCCAUAAGCCCAGCAACCCCAUCUCGUAAACACCUAGAGCGACAAAAAAACGUCAGCUGAAUGUCCAAAGGCCCCAUCGCUCCGAUCGGAAGGACCGUUCCGGAUCGAGAUCCUUCAUCUGAACUGUCUCAACCCGAAAUGUCGAUUGUCCAUUUCCCUCCACAGAUGCUGCCCGACCCGCUGAGUUCCUCCAGCAGCUCGUUUUUUUAAUCUUUCUCCAGGUCUAAGAGAGUCAGAGUGGAGUGCAAAACGGUGAAUAAGUAAACAGUGAAAACAUGCCAUUAAACUGGGGAUGCGGAGAGAAUAUUGUGCUGUGAGGAGAGAGAUUCAGUGGUGAUGACCGACCUGUGGUUGCAGGAAAAAGCACAGGACUGGACAUUCUACGUCACAGGGUGGAAAAUGUUAUUUUUUUCGGUAAGGUACUGAUUUCAACAGCCCUUCGUGAGAAAAACUUCGUGACUUGACCCAUGUCUGUCCUGUCUCCAGUAAAAGGCCUGGUCUCCUUCACGCUGGAUACUGAUCAGAUGUUGAUACUUUUAUUGUAUCAAAAUAAGCUUUAUAAGCUUUAUUCAGAAUGAUAAAACAAUAGUCAAUAGACAAUAGGUACAGAAGUAGCCCAUUCGGCCCUCCGAUCCUGCUCCGCCAUUUUGAGAUCAUGGCAGAUCAACUCCUAUCAAUACCCGGUUCCUGCCUUGUCCCCAUAUCCCUUGAUUUCCCUAUCCUUGAUACCUAUCUAGCUCCUUCUUGAAAGCAUCCAGAGAAUUGGCCUCCAAUACCUUCCGAGGCAGUGCAUUCCAGACCCCCACAACUCUCUGGGAGAAGAAGUUUUUCCUUAACUCUGUCCUAAAUGACCUACCCCUUAUUCUCAAACCAUCCCCUCUGGUACUGGACUCUCCCAGCAUCUGGAACAUAGUUCCUGCCUCUAUCUUGCCCAAUCCCUUAAUAAUCUUAUAUGUUUCAAUCAGAUGCCCUCUCAAUCUCCUUAAUUUCAGCGUGUACAAGCCCAGUCUCUCUAACCUCACUGCGUAAGACAGUCCAGACAUCCCAGCAAUUAACCUCGUGAAUCUACGCUGCACUUCCUCUUCAGCCAGGAUGUCCUUCCUUAACCCUGGAGACCAAAACUGUACGCAAUACUCCAGGUGUGGCCUCACCAGGGCUCUGUACAAAUGGAAGAGGAUUUCCUUGCUCUUGUACUCAAUUCCCUUUGUAAUAAAGCCCAACAUUCCAUUAGCCUUCUUCACUGCCUGCUGCACUUGCUCAUUCACCUUCAAUGACUGAUGAACAAGGACUCGAGAUCUCUUUGUAUUUCUCCCUUACCCAACUCUACACCGUUCAGAUAAUAAUCUGCCUUCCUGUUCUUACUCCCAAAGUGGAUAACCUCACACUUAUUCACAUUAAACGCCAUCUGACAAGUAUCUGCCCACUCACCCAGCCUAUCCAAGUCACCCUGAAUUCUCCUAACAUCCUCAUCACAUGUCACACUGCCACCCAGCUUAGUAUCAUCAGCAAACUUGCUGAUGUUAUUUUCUAUGCCUUCAUCCAAAUUGUUAACGUAAAUGGUAAACAUCUGUGGUCCCAAUACCGAGCCCUGUGGCACCCCACUAGUCACCACCUGCCAUUCCGAGAAACACCCAUUCACCGCUACCUUUUGCUUUCCAUCUGCCAAACAGUUUUCAAUCCAUGUCAAUGCCUUCCCCCGAUGCCCUGAGCUUUGAUUUUACCCAACAAUCUCGUAUGUGGGACCUUAUCAAAUGCCUUCUGAAAAUCGAGGUACACUACAUCCACUGGAUCUCCCCCAUCUAACCUCCUGGUUACAUCCUCCAAAAACUCCAACAGUUUAGUCAAGCAUGAUUUACCCUUGGUAAAUCCAUGCUGGCUCGGCCCAAUCAUAUCACUCUAUCUAGAUAUGCCACUAUUUCAUCCUUAAUAAUGUACUCUAGCAUCUUUCCCAACACCGAUGUCAGGCUGACAGGUCGAUAGUUCUCUGUUUGCUCCCUCCCUCCUUUCUUAAAAAGUGGGAUAACAUUAGCCAUUCUCCAAUCCUCAGGAACUGAUCCUGAAUCUAAGGAACAUUGGAAAAUGAUUACCAAUGCAUCCGCAAUUUCCAGGGCCACCUCCCUUAGUACCCUAGGAUGCAGACCAUCUGGACCUGGGGAUUUGUCAGCCUUCAGUCCCAUCAUUCUUCUCAUCACCGUUUCCUUCCGAAUGUCAAUCUGUUUCAUUUCCUCUGUUACCCUAUGUCCUUGGCCCAUCCAUACAUCUGGGAGAUUGCUUGUGUCUUCCUUAGUGAAGUACUCAUUAAAUUCUUCUGCCAGUUCUCUGUUUCCCACGACAAUUUCACCCAAUUCAUUCUUCAAGGGCCCAACAUUGUUCUUAACUAUCUUCUUUCUCUUCACAUCGCUAAAAAAGCUUUUGCUAUCUUCCUGUAUAUUCCUAGCUAGCUUGCGUUCAUACCUCGUAUUUUCUCCCCGUAUUGUCUUUUCAGUUAAGUUCUGUUGCUCCUUAAAAACUUCCCAAUCAUCUGUCCUCCCACUCACCUUAGCUCUGUCAUAUUUCCUUUUAUUUAAUGCUAUGCAGUCUCUGACUUCCUUUGUCAACCACUGAGGCCCCUUUCCCCCCUUUGAAUCAUUCCAUCUCUGGGGGAUGAACUGAUUUUGCACCUUGUGCAUUAUUCCCAAGAAUACUGGGAAUUGCUGUUCCACUGUCUUUUCUGCUAGGCUAUCCAUCCAGUCAACUUUGGCCAGCUCAUCCCUCAUGGCUCCAUAGUCUCCCCUGUUCAACUGCAACACUGACACCUCGGAUCUGCCCUUAUCCUUCUCAAAUUGCAGAUAAAAGCUUAUCAUAUUGUGAUCACUACCUCCUAAUGGCUCCUUCACUGCGAGAUCGCUUAUCAAAUCCUGUUCAUUACAUAACACUAAAUCCAGAAUAGUCUUGUCCCUGGUCGGCUCUCGUACAAGUUGUUCCAAGCAUGCAUCCCGUAGGCACUCUACAAACUCCCUAUCCUGUGGUCCAGCACCAACCUGAUUCUCCCAGUUCACCUGCAUGUUGAAAUCCCCCAUAACUGCUGCGACAGUACCUUUGCCACAUGCCAAUGUUAACUGCCUAUUCAACUUGCACCCCAUAUCCAUGCUACUGUUUGGUGGCCCGUAGACAACACCCAUUUGGGUCCUUUUGCCCUUACUGUUCCUCAGUUCUAUCCACAAAGGCUCUACUUCUCCUGACCCUAUGUCCCCCCUUGCAAAGGACUGAAUCUCAUUCCUCACCAACAGGUCCACCCCACCCCCUCUGCCCACAUUUCUGUCCUUACGAUAGCACGUAUACCCUUGCACAUUCAUUUCCCAGGUUUGAUCUCCCUGCAGCCAUGUCUCCAUUAUCCCUACAUGGACCACAACAUCUGGAUUCUCGCCCUCCCUCUCGAAAAUAACCUGCACCCGAUCUGAGCUGUCUCGGACCCCGGCACCAGGGAAGCAACAUACCAGCCGAGACUCCCGAUCUUCCCCACAAGAUCUCCUAUUCGCCCUCCUGACUAUAGAAUCCUUUAUCAAUACCGCUCUCUUCUCUUCCCUCCUCCACUUCCUAGUCACGGGUCCAACCUCAGUGCCAGAGAUAGGACCAGUUCAGCUUGUUCCUGGUAGGUCAUUCCCACCAACAGUAUCCAAAACGGUAUACUUAUUGUUGAUGGGAACGGCCACAGGGUUUCUCUUCUCUCUCUGUCUGCUCCCCCUGCCUCUCUUGACUGUCACCCAUUUGCCUACUUCCUGUUUUUUCGGUGUGACUGCCUCCCGAUAACUCUUAUCUAUCUCUGCCUCCACCUCCCGAAUGAUCCGUAGUUCAUCCAGCUCCUGCUCCAAUUCCCUAACUCGGUCUGAUAGGAGCUGCAGCUGGAUGCACCUAUUGCAGGUGUGGUCAUCAGGGACAACUGUGUUGACCCUGACCUCCCACAUACUGCAUACAGAGCACACCACUGCUCUAACUGUCUCCCCCAUUACCUGAUCCCAGAUUAGUCAGAAUAAAUGAAAAGCACGUACUCAUACUCACCGAUUUCCUCUCUCCGAAGUCCUCUUGCGCCGAAGCCCGCUGAGCCAAAGCCCAGCACUCUGCUCCUGCGCACUCGGCUGCCCGCUCCUGAAAGUGGGCCGCUUUUUAAAGCCCGCGCCCGUCACCCGCGCUUGCGCAGCUUUACCUUCUUCCUCACGUAUUCUCCGGGUAGGCCCGAGGGUCUCGGCCGACGUACAACGUGCCAAUACCUUUACGCAAUGAAUUUACAUUCGUUCUUUAUGGGGUAUUCUGUUGUCUGUUGACGCUCAUGCGCCCCCUGGGGUGGUGGCCAACACGGCCUCUCCCAGUCGAGCAGUAGAGGGACCCGAUAGUUCCAAUGGUGUCCCUGUAGUCUGGAAUGUGCCAGUCGGCAGCAUUUCUGUACGACAGGGAUUCCCAAACAUUAUUAUGCCAAAGACCAAUACCAGUAACCGUGGACCCCAGGUUGGGAAGUGCUGAUCUCCGGACAUCUCGGUGUGAUGGCAGGCCAACAAGUUUCGGGCAUCUUUCCCUGAGUUUCCCCGAUCUUCCAGCAGCAUUCGCUGUCCGUUUUCCAGCGCGCCCUGGGAACAGCCCGAGGAUCAGUGAGCCUUCUGUCACGCAGCUGCUGUGGCACAGGCCCUUGCAUCUUUCUCCACAGAUCUUCGCCAGCCCACAGUCCGCAAAGAGGCGAGUGACCGUCUCGUCUCCACUGCAGUAAUCUCGGGGCAGCGCGCUGCGGGAGUGAUCUCCGGGCAUGCAGCAAGGAUCAGACUGGGAGGGGCCCUCUCGUCUCCACUGCAGUAAUCUCGGGGCAGCGCGCUGUGGGACUGAUCUCCGGGCAUGCAGCAAGGAUCAGACUGGGAGGGGCCCUUUCGUCUCCACUGCAGUAAUCUCGGGGCAGCGCGCUGUGGGAGUGAACUCCGGGCAUGCAGCAAGGAUCAGACUGGGAGGGGCCCCCUCGCCACCAGACAGGCGAGGUCUUGGUGCCUGUUGGUGAGAUCUGGUGAUGAGGCAUUCUGCCAGAUGGUCUGCACUGUCUGCUCAGGGAACCACUCCACUUCUCCUGCAGUAACUGCAGGACAUAAUGUGCUGACCACUGUCUGGUGUUCUUGUGGUGAAAGCUGCUGGUCUGAAAGAACUGUCACCAAUUUCAUUAACACAGGGUUCACAUGGAGAAGCUUCCUGACUGAGACAGACACGGUCUAACAGGGUAUUUACAGGAUAGGGGCAGGAAUGAUGAUUCUCCUGGCUGGGCAGUGGAACAAGGGGUCACAGUCUCAAAAUCCGUGAUCACCUCAGCACUGAGCUGAGGAGAACUUUCCCCAACACAGUGCGAUGAAUAUUUGGAGUUUUCUCCACAAGUUUUCUAAAUUAAACGGACACACUUAGGGGCUCGGCGAUGUUGGGAACGUUGCAGGAAAGUGGCGCUGAGGUCAAAUAUCAGCCAUGUUCUGAGUGAGGGGCAGAACAGUGCAACGGGCCGAAUGGCAACGCCUUCUCUUGUUUCUUAUUUUCUAUAUCAUGAGUUUCCCUUUACGCCUUGUUCUCCCUUGGCCUUCCGCCCGUCGGAUCGCACAGGGGAGCGGUGAGAGCUCCGGAGAUCCAUCGGCAGCCGCUGCGGUUAUUUCAUGCUCUUGUUAUUUAUCCUGUUUCUGUAUUUGCAUUCGCACAGUUUGUAACCUUCAGCUCUCUGGCUGAUCUUUCACUGCCUGCUUCUGUUAUGUUUACUAUUCUAUACUUUUUCUAAGUAUGUCCGCAGGAAGAUGCUUCUCGGGGUUGUAUGUGGUGACUUAUCUGCACUCUGAUAAUAAAAUUUAUUUUUGAAAUUUGA